AUGACUCCAGACGAAGCUGCUUCGGAGGCUGCAGGGAGCGGAGACUUGGACUGGAUGGAGGAGUUGCUGCUCCACUCCGACUAUUUCCAAGAUAUCGACUCGAUAGCUCAAGUUGCCGCUGCAAAUGGCCAUUUCGAAAUGGUGGAGCUUUUGGCCUCCAACUUCUUCGACUAUAGAGGCGAGAUCGACAUCUUCUUGAUUCCCGAAGAAGUCGAUCCUGAAUUGCCCCGGUUGCGCCGAAAACUGAAGGUCGCUCUGUGUCAACUACUGGAAGAAGCUGCAGGAAAUGGUCGCCUCGAAGUGGUGGAAUUCAUGGUGGAAAGAAACUUCGAGUGCCUGCAGUAUCCGGAAAGUGAAGUAGACGCACGAUAUUGUGCGAUUACGAGUGGUCACGGUCCUGUUGUUAACUUUUUGCUCCAUCAGGACGAGUAUGCGUGGGAUAUGGCGAAACCUUGUGAAGCAGCGAUCGCUUUGGGGCAGAGUGAACUGGUGCAAAGAAUUUACGACAAAGACCCCACGCAUCUGUUUCGAGAGGUGGCACGAACGGGUAGUGCAGAUACUGUAGAAUACCUCUAUAACGCAGGUUACAACGACGUCGCGUUGGUGACCGCUGCAUUUGAGUCGGCAGUGUCGUGGGGGAAGGAUCACACGGCCGCUAGUCACUUUGGCCACAUUAAAGUGUUGGAAACCCUCGUCGAUGCGAAGCGUGCAUCGGCCUCGGUGAUUAGUCAAGUUUUUCAAGGUGCAAGUUGUACAGCCAUCGCGCUCAAAGUUUUAUGCGAAAAGUGUGACGUCUCGGAUGAAUUGGUCGUGGCUGCGUUUCGUAACUCAGCAUCCUCUGACAAUACUGAGAUCGCUUUCGUGGCUCCAGUGGAGCACAGCCGUAAGGAUCUUACCGAGUUUCUUCGAGGCGACACUCGCUUGACUUCCGACACACUAAAUGGCGCGUUCACACAAGCGGCAGCCCAGGGUAAAUGGAGGAUACUUCCAUCUAUGUACAAUGAUGAGCGCGUAUCUGCCAGUACGUUGCUCGUGGCAUUCCAAAGUGCUCUACAUGCGGAGUGUGUCCAUGUUGCUGGAACAAUUGCCAACGGAGUAUCAACCCGGCCGGAUGUACCACAAGAUACUCGAGACGGCAUGUUUGUCAGCGCUGCGACGCAUGAUCAGAUUGAAUUGCUGCAAAUACUGACAAGGGGCGAAUCAAAGGACUGGCCUCUGGACGUGUUGAAGAACGCUUUGGAGGUAUCACACCAAAGAAGCGCAUCAUGGAACGGAUUUGUAAGCAGCUUUUCAGUGGAAGACCCGAAGUGUUAA